AUGCACAAGUCGAUUGAGCUUGGACGGGCAGUCCUCUCGACUUCUACCAUCAACUUCGAGCUUUGGCUCAAAACUUCGAUCAAAAUCUCACCGCAACAGCCGUGCACUAAUUUCGAGCAGCACAAUGCAAUAUCUCUUCUGAACCUCUUGUCAUCUGGCGAAGCGUGGGUGGGUCGCGGAAACGGGCUCUACAUCGAUCUGGAUCUUACUCUCAGAGGGCAGCCUCUUGCUGACGAGCAGGUUCAACAACUUUCCCAGGCCAUUCUUGACGCACCAGUGUGGAGCCAGCUAUGCCUACACUCGUCAAUACCACAUUGCACUAUGCGCGAGCCAGGAAAGCUGCGGAUCACGGUCAACCAUUCAAGUGAUCACACAGUAUCCUCAGUGAAGCAACGCCAUCGAAUCCUACCAAAUGUCUCUGCUGCAGAUGUGCGACCGCCCGAAGGAGUGCCUGUGUUCUUCCUCGAUUCAGUGCUUCUAUCUAUAGACGUCUUCGAGAUCGUUCAGCAAAAGAAAGCAACGACAGCUAAGCGACUCAAAACCUUGACGAACAUCAACAGCCUAUUGCAGCCAGCAAAAAGCCAAGGGUCCGAAGAUAUUGAGCGAGAAGGCUGGGGUGCUCUCUCUCUCGAUGUGGAAGACACAAUACCGUUACCCGCUUCGUCGCCAACUACGAAGAGGAGCCGAUCAUCAGCCUCGUCUCCAACAAGAACAGCUUCAUUCGCAGGUAGAGCCUCUUGGAAUUGCCCGUUCAUCGCGAGUACCUCAGAUCUCCAGAAGAGGACACCCAAUUCAAGGUCAAACAUUAGCAUUGCAGGCUUACAGACGUUAGUCGAUGGGGCACUACGACUUUCGGUCAUGGGUAGCAUUAACAGUAAACUGGUACCUGGAAUCAAAGUCAAAACAAGUAGAUUUGGGCCGGGCCUUGCAGAGAUUGCACCCGCGUUGUGGAAAUCAGGUUAUUUGCUGUCUCUCUCGCAAAGAGCGAGUCUACUCCAGGUUAUCGGUCGAUCUCUUUGUCACCCAGCCACGACUGGAAAGACAGCUUCGAGAAGCCUGAGGGGGAAAUUGUUAGCUUUGACGGCCCCCUCGCUAUCUCUUCGAGCUGCAGAUCAAGCAACGGAUCGUGAAUUUGUUAGUACUUCGGACAAGACAUCUCCAACUUCUUCCAUCGCUCCCCUGCUUUGGCUGCAUUUGCAAAAACACAUUUUUUGCAAGCCAGCAAUGCCAUUGCAGUCAUUUGUAGCUUCAGAGCCACCGACUACCACUCCUUCUCAGUCAGACGAUAUACUAGAGCAGUUGUGGCAAGACAGUAGACAGGGCCACAGACUAAGACUCAGCGCAGCGGGUUCUGACGGAAGCGGAGCGUUCGGCAUUGGUCGAACCCUCAACAACGAUCAAGCAAACACAGCCUGUGGUGGCACUUCAUCAGAACGUGUUGUCCUCGGAGCAUUGGCUGCCACAAGGAUUGUUCCUGAGAUUGCCGACGAUGAGCUACUCCUCGGAAACACGUACCCGGAGCCCCUGAGUUCCUUUACACGUUGCGGCGACGAAGUCUUGUGA